AUGAGCCCUGCCAGAAGAGGUCGCAGCAGUGAAGCUUCUUCUCGACGAAGUCCACGGGCCUCCAAGUCUGCCACAUCCCGAUCACAACCCUACGGCUUCGGUAGUUUAAGUGGCCACGAUAUCGUCAUCAUCGCCCUUCCGGCUGGUGUUUACGGAACGAUCUCUGCCACUUCGGCAGUAGUUGAGCUGCGCAGAAAGAUUUCAGCUGUCAAACUUGGACUACUCUUUGGCAUUUGCAGUGUCGCUCCCGGUAAAAGCUAUGAUAACCGUCUCGCGAACGGACUAUCAUGUAUCAUCGGCAAUGGGAAUCUGGAGAGUGCUAUAGUAUGA